AUGGCUGCAACACGACGCUCAUGCACCCGUCUCUCGGCUCUGCUUCCUUCAUCCUCGAAUGCUCUAUUCCGCGCACAACUACCGCGAGCCACAGCGAGAAUUGCAUUGAACAACAAGCGUGCCGGCGUUGCUGCUACGUUGACUUUUUCUCGCGGUUUCAUCAAUGAUGUCAAGCCUGGUGCUGACAGCGGUGUCGAGGAUAUUGAGUUGAAUGAGAGUUUGGCGCCCACAAUUGAUCGCUCGAGGUCAAAGGUGUAUGCUAGCGCCGAUGAGGCUGUUGCUGAUAUCAAGAGUGGCUCUACGAUUCUGAGUGCUGGAUUUGGUCUUUGUGGUACUGCUGAUACAAUCAUCAAAGCCAUGGCGAAAAGAGGAGUCGAGGACCUGCACUCACUAAAAGCCGUCUCCAACAAUGCCGGCGCCGGCCCCUACGGUCUCGCCGAACUGGUCCAAAACGGCCAACUCACCUCUGUCAUUCUAUCCUUCCUCGGCACCAACAAGGCCAUCGAGAAGAAAUACCUCACCGGCGAACUCGACGUCGAAUUAACCCCUCAAGGCACAAUCGCCGAGCGCAUCCGCGCAGGCGGCGCCGGUAUCCCUGCCUUUUACACACCCACCGGCGUACACACCUGGAUCGAAACCGGAGAAAUCCCCAUCCGCAUGGGUCCCCCCAAGGCUGGCUCAAAGAUGCCCACGACCCUGCAAUCAGGCAACAAGCGCGAAACCCGCGAAUUCAAGGGUAAAAAGUACAACUUGGAGCAUGCGAUUCAGGGUGAUGUGGCCAUUUUGCGCGCCUACAAGGUUGACGAGGCAGGAAACUGUGUUUUCCGCUACACGACUGGAAACUUUGGCCCCAUGAUGGCAAAAGCGGCAAAAUGCAGUAUCGUGGAAGCCGAACACAUUGUCCCCAUUGGCGAAAUCAAGCCCGACGAGGUCGAUCUGCCAGGCAUCUACAUCGACCGCAUCGUCCCCGCGACCGAGGAAAAGAAACUCGAAGUCAAGAAACUGCGUGAGGAAGCCGGCAGCGACCAAUCCAACAAGAGCGAUGCCGAGGUCCGCCGCGAGAGAAUUGCUCGUCGCGCAGCUAAAGAGCUCAAGCAAGGCUACUACGUCAACCUGGGAGUAGGCAUGCCCACACUCGCCCCGUCAUUCCUAGACCCGGAAAUCAAGGUCUGGAUUCACUCCGAGAACGGACUCAUGGGCAUGGGACCCUACCCCACCGAAGAACAAGUCGACGUCGACAUCAUCAACGCCGGCAAAGAAACCGUCACCAUCGUUCCCGGCGGCAGCACCUUUGACUCUGCUGAAUCGUUCGCUAUGAUUAGAGGAGGCCAUAUCGAUGUGUCCAUGUUGGGAGCGCUUCAAGUCAGUGCCAAUGGCGAUCUUGCCAAUUACAUGAUUCCUGGCAAGGUGCUGAAGGGUAUGGGUGGCGCUAUGGAUUUGGUGUCGAAUCCCGAUCAGACAAAGAUUGUGGUGCUUACUGAUCAUGUGGAUAAGAAUGGAGUCAGCAAGAUUCAGCAGGAGUGCAGUUUGCCGUUGACCGGUGCGAGGGUUGUAUCGACUAUCAUUACCGAUUUGUGUGUCUUCCAAGUCGAUCGCAAGAACGGUGGUCUCACUCUUACUGAAGUCGCACCUGGCAUGACUGUCGAGCAAGUGCAAGAAAAGACUGCUGCCAAGUUCAAGGUGGCUGACGAUCUCCGUGAGAUGGAGUAA